AUGAAAGUCGCAGUAAUCGGCGGCGGUCCGUCAGGCCUUGUUACGCUCAAGUACCUGGUUCGAGCACACCUGAAUCUGGACUGUGAGCCCAUUGAAGCUCGGCUCUUUGAGCUGGAAGAUAGCGUCGGCGGUGCUUUCGCUCAUCGAACAUAUGAGGAUGCAGAG